CUCUAGUCUCGCAAUGCAUCUCUGGAGAGUGUGCGCAUAACGAACGACCGAGCAAUGAACGACGCAGGGGUGUCGCCAGCGGUGGGUGUAGCGGGACAUGGAGGGAUGCCAGGAAUGCCUGAGUUGCCCCCGGCUCCGAAAUACCAGGCGAAGGACACUAUCUACAGACAGCCAAGAACCACGUCCACCCCCCCAGUUAAGCAAUCGGGUGGCGGAUGAAGUGUACGCCAAAGUCGGUGCCGCCAACGACCUGGUUCUCGUCAGGAGGCCAGACGGACUGCUAACCGUAUCCGACUUCCACGUCGUGUUCAGCCGCAAGGAACGUGUGAAAGGGGGCCCGCCGAAAGCUCCGUCUUCAAUGGUCACGGCCAACAAGGCCGUGCACACCUACAUCAACGGAAAGCUGCAGCCGCAACUGUACCUCCGAGUACAGGAGGAUGGUUUUUGCACGUUUGCCGACGGGCGGCUGCAGCCGGCGUUGGAGGCCCUGGCGAUGCUGGCGAAAGACGACACCCUCGUGGACGGAUUCAACACCGUCCGCUUCGAGAUCAGGUACCUGCGGGACCCGAGGGUCCUCGUGGCCGAGUGCUUCGCCUUCGUGUGGGACGUCAACACGCCCAUGAUCGUGGUCGACAUCGACGGCACCAUCACCAGAAGCGACGUCUCGGGGUUGAUGAUGACGCUCAGCCCGGGCCUAGUUACCAACCACAACCACGAGGGCAUCUGCUCGCUGCUGGCCCGCAUGGUUGACGAAGCGGGGGCACAGGUGGUGUACCUUACGUCCCGGCCCAUCUCUCUUGCGGCCAAGACCCGCACCUUCCUUGCCUCAACGGAGCAAGAGGGGAAGAAGCUACCCCUGGGCCCUCUACAGUGUUGCCUGGAGAAAGUCAGCGGCGUUUUGUGGCGUGAGCUCGUGUCGAAGAACAUGCACGACUACAAGAUCACGGCGCUGCUGGACCUAGCGCGGCCGUUCCGAGAGGCCGGUCGCACCUUCGGGGAGGCCGUUUUUGCGGCGGGGAUAGGGAACAGGGUCCACGACGCCGUGGCCUACAGAGCCGCGGGCAUCCCGAAGGACUUCAUCUUCCUCAUCGACACCGAGUCUAACCUGCGGGUGUGGGAUGGCGACGCGUCGAAGUUGGGCGGCAGCAUAGCCAACAGCCCGAUCAGCCCGAAGAAGAAAAAUAUGUUGCCGGACCAACAGCAGCAGCAGCAGGAGGAGGAGGAGGGGGAGGCAAAGUGCCCACAGACCAACACGCCGACCGACUCGAGGAGAAGGAGGUUAAGCAAACGGCUGUUCAACUCCAGCAGUACCAGCAGUAGCAACAUACCUGGCGGAGGAGGGUUCGGUGACGGUGGUGCGGGCAGGCAUACCGCGGCUGCUCUCAAGGAGGCCGCUAGUAGGCGGCAAUUCGGAGAGGACGAAGAGGAUUCCAACGAUGAGGGCUAUGAUGACGAUGAGGGGACGGCCGCUGGCGGGGGCGGGGGGAGGCACGCGGAUGGGAGUGCGGUGCAGGAGCAACGAUUGCCAACCAUGGCGGAGCAGUCAUCGUGGGCGGGGACAGAUCCCCAACCACGGUCCUCAUCGUCCGAAGGCGAUAGUGGGGGUGACGGGGAAUCGCGGGGAGAGGGGCCCAGGGGCGUCAAGGGUACCGAGAAAGAGACGCAAGCAAUCACGGGAGAGAGAACAGGCGGUGAGGGGGAGGUGAAAGCAGAAGGCAAGGCAGCAGCAGCAGCAGCAGCAGCAGCAGCAGCAGCUAAGGAAGACAAUCUCGACGGACCGUCGCAACAUCAAGAACAAGCAGCGGGGGCGGCGGCAGGAUCGUCGUUGUCGCUGCCCCCUGCCUCCUCCGCCCCGGUAGACUACCAGUCGUACGGAGACGCCAGGUUCUUCGACCGGCUGAGGGCCAGUCUCGACCACGCCGCCUGGGAGGCGCAGAAGGCGGUCGAGGCCGCGGCGCACGCGACGCACGCGGGCGUCCAGGCAGGGAUGCACGCCGCGGGCAGCGCGCUGUCGUCGGGCAAGAGGGUCGGGGAGGAGGGGGGGGAGGACGGAGAGGAAGCGGCGGACCGGCUGGCGGAGAGAGUGCAGGAGAUGUCCCAUCGGGAUUUACCCGAGUAGGUCCGACCAAGCCUAGGUCGGCGGCGGUGACAAAAGCAGGCGCGGCAGUCGAUGUUUUCGGGGUGAAAACUGUUGUACGGAGCCCUCGUUGAUACCCUCGUUGACAAAGGAUGGAGGUGUGUAAGAGCUAGAAAAGGGUGGCCAGGGGCGUGCGGUGGCGGUGACUGGAUUUGAGGAACACCAAAAAGGCGGGUCGCAGGCUGUGUUGCUCGGAGGGGCGCCAUCAUGCAGCCGCCUCGAGACCACGUGGCGGCGGCUCAGUGAUUUGUUAAGCGACCGGAUUAGUAAAUAGGAAGCUGGUCGGGCCUGCGUCUGGGCGGCCAAUAAAACGUGACGAAGGUAUUUGAUGUUUGAAACAGACCACAAAGUUGCGCUUCAUGCCAAAACUCUGUCGAUGUGGUGUGCUUGUGCUGUAUACGAUAUUAGACUCGCGGUGUUGUAGCCCCGCCCUGUUGGGUACUCUCUCUUUGCUUGCUGCAGUUGCGAGCCGUGCUAUCACACCAAUGUAAAACUUGGUCCAUUUCCUCUUGAUCAACAAGCGAAACUUGAGCAAGGUUGUGUUGGAUGAUAUCCCUCCCAUCGAUGCUGUACCGCAUCUAAAUCAUU